GAGAAUGGAUGGAUGGAUGGAUGGAUGGAACGAUAAAGAAACAGAAAGAAAACGAAAUGCGCAAGACGGCAGAGGUAAAGAAAGCAGCCAUGAGGAGCAGCUUUGUUUUCUUUCUUUAUCUCCUUCACGGAGCUUGCAGUGGAUCUGACGGGGACCCGGAGUCUCUAAACCUAUGUAUCCACAUGGUUGUGUCCCAUGGCUUUAACCUUCCUGAGUUUUUACAGAGGACCACCCUGAAUGACGUGACCAUCUUCUACCAUGACAGUAACAUGGCUUCUAAAAUGCCCCGUCCUGACUGGCUCAACAGUAUUGCAGGACAGUGGCACUGGAAACAUAUACAGAACUGGGCAGAUCGCAACAGACGUGUAAUUACUCAAGGAUUCACUUCAGCUGUUCAGCAGUUUAACAGGACAGGCUUGUUGGCUGACAGUAACAUAUACGAGGGCUGGGGCUGCUGUACUCUCUUUCCAAAUGGAACCUACAGGUCAUCGCUAACACACAAAUUCAAUGGAAAAGACUUCAUAAGCCUUGAUUUGGACAAAAGGGUAUUUGUUGCUGCUGUUUCUGAAGCAGUUCUGUAUAAAAAUCAGAGAUGCAGAGAUGAAAGGGACAUGGAUGACAUAACGGAUUACUACAGAAAAGUGAUUAUAGAUCGACUGAACAUAUUCAAGCAUGCUCCUUCAGUCCGCAUCAGAAAAGUUCCAGAAGUCAGGAUCUUUGAGAAACAGAAGGCCGGCUCCAUUACAGUAACAUGUCAUGUGACGGGGUUUUACCCCCGGGCGGUUCAGGUGGACUGGCUCGACCCAGAUCUGCAUCCUGUGGAUGGAGGAGUCACUGAUGUGCUGCCCAACGAGGACGGCACAUACCAGACCAGAAGGAGUGUGACGGUUCCAGAGGAGGAUGUAGGGAAACACACCUACAGCUGUGUCGUGCUUCAUAGCAGCGUAGAACACAACAUCACCACAGUCUGGGUUGGGGAAUCUCAGAUUUACCGCAGGGCUGGUGUUUGGAUAUCUCUUGCCAUUUUCCUGUUGCCCACUGGAUUUAUUUUCUGGAGACUCUGUAACAGACUAUGCUGUGAGCUGAACUGAACUUUUACUGCAACUUGCUCUGGUUCCAGAAGAGGACUUACUCUGAGUCAUGUUUCAAGUUUUUUACUCAUACAGUAAUAUGCAAGUUAAAUGUAGGAAGCCGUUACAUCAGGGAGGUGAGACGGGUCUGCAGAGGCAGCAAAUGUUCACCUGCUGUCAUAACUGCUAGGUUCUGUUCUCUGUGUUAACCAUGACACUGAAUUCACCAAUUCUAUAUAAUUAUAUAAUAUAUACAUAUUAUGUAAAUAUUGUAGUAAACAUGGCUGUUUUUAUCUAAGAAAUAUGCAGGAUUUGGAUGUAUGAAUUGUGUUUGAAAUAUACAUUUAGAAUACAAAAAUUAAGUAUCUGUAUUCAGUCCAAGUUACAUUUUGUAAAGGCAGUAUUUAGAAUACAGUCACAGUGAAAUUAUUAGGAGAAUACUUUUAAAAUACCCACUAAAUGAAAAAACAGUCUUUGAAAAUAACACUAACCGUGCUUGUUAACUAACUAUUUAAAAAUCAGCACACAGCAUGUAGUAAACAUGCUCAUUAGAUGAACUCUAAAGAGGACCUUAAUUAACCCCUUCUGUACACACGCAGAAGCUCCUGCUAAAGCCUGAGUUGAUAUGUUUAUCUCAGUGUUACUGAGCUCAUUUGAGGGAUUAUCAAAGUAAUGAUCUUCUCAGUAGUGGGCCUGUUUGCGAGUGUUAAGUGUAGGAUUAUAGAAGCAGCGGUGGACUGGAACAGGCACUGAGAGAGAGAGAGAAAAAAUUCAGAACUUCAUUUCAAUUUUUGAUCAAAUGUAUUAACAGAAUAAUUACAUGAAUAAAACUGCCAACCAGCAGCAGCAUUGAACAGUAACAGUGUGAGGUAAAAAUAAAAUGUGCUUCAUUAAGAUGUAUUCUAAAUGUAUUCUGAACACGUUGCUUUUUCAUGUGUUGUAAUGAAGUACUUUUCUGAAUACUCUCUGGAUACUUUCUGAAUACUUUUAAGGCAAAGUAUUUUGCCCAACUCUGGAUGUAAGUACAAACUAUAAAGUAGAAAGUUAUCUCAGGUUAGAAUUGCUUUUGUCAUAAUUGACAAAUCAGCCAUUAUUAUAAGGGAUUUUUCACAUAUUUAGGUAUUUUUAUUUUGCCAGUGUUUGAUUCUUUUUUAUUCUUCAUCUAUUGCCCAAGUACAGUGAACCAACUGAAUACCUAACAUUGUGUACCAAUGUGUUAAAUAUUAUAUUAUUUAUGCCUGUGUUUUAUGUUUAAGCAUCUUCUGGCUUUUUUACCUCAAGCUCAUGAUUUCAACAGAAAGGAAUUCUUGAGUUGGUACUGUUGAAUAUUCAGUUAUAAGCAUUACAUUUUUAUGCAUUAUAAGCUUUCUGUCUUUAAGCUGUUUUGUAUAUUUGCACAUCCUGUUUAGAAAGACAACCAGGCAUGAAAAACUUGUUUUUAUAUUUUGCUAAUGCUAAAUUUAAAUAAAUAGUUUAUUUUUUUACAUUUUA